UAGAAGGCGGACGGACGGGUUUAGUCCGCACCGGUGAAGACUGAUGUCGGCAGGCUUUCAUAUGUACCCAAAGAUGGACUGUUUUUGUGGACACUGAUGCAGAAAACGGUCCUAUAAUGUGGAAAAUGAAUAUUAAUGUCUCAAAGAGACGCGGUUCAGGCGUAGCGCAUUUACAGUAGAAGAGCAAAACCAUGGUGUGUUUUUAGCUAAGCAAUGUUAGCUUUACACUAGCUAGCCAAGACAUAGCAAGACUCAAGACACAGCCAGCUGCUGGCACGUCGCUUGAUGAAGUGACGCAGAAAUAAAACAAAUACAGUUCGGCAGGUGGAAAUUCUGUGUUAAUAGUUAGGGUAGAAUUAAAAUUGUAGCUGGUUUCAAAGCUGGUGACCCUCUGUCAUGUUCGCACCCUCUGGCUCUUCACUGACUGAGAGCAUGGAGACACCGGUGAGAACAGCGCCGAACACAGUGGACUUCACCGUGGAAAACGUAGAGAAGGCUCUACACCAGCUGUAUUAUGACCCGAACAUUGAGAAUAAGAACCUGGCUCAGAAAUGGCUAAUGCAAGCUCAGAUCUCUCCUCAGGCCUGGCAGUUUUGCUGGGCUCUGCUCAGUCCAGACAAGGUUGCAGAGAUUCAGUACUUUGGUGCCAGUGCCCUGCACACCAAGAUCUCACGCUACUGGAGUGACAUUCCUGCUGAGCAGUACAACACCCUAAAGUCACAGCUCUUCUCCCAGAUUGCACUCUUUGCUUCCGGCUCCAAAAUUGUGCUGACACGGUUGUGUGUGGCGCUGGCUUCACUUGCGCUCAACACCAUGCCCGAUGCGUGGCCUGGUGCAGUGUCUGAAAUGGUGCGUAUCUUCCAGGAAGAAGGGGGCACUGUAGAUAGCCGUGCCCGCUGCCUGGCACUGCUUGAACUUCUCACUGUACUGCCUGAGGAGUUCCAGACCAGCAGGUUGCCACAGUACCGCCGGGGGCAGGUCCGAGGUGCACUGGGGCAAGAGUGGGCAUCGGUGUAUCCACUGCUCCAACAGCUACUCCGCCAGGCUGACUCGCCGGCUCCGGUUAAAGCCCGUGCUCUUAAGUGCCUGUCCACCUGGGCAACGCUGGACGUGCCGCUCAGCGAGAGUGAAUGUCUGUUAGAGGCCGGUUUCGCAGCACUUGGUGAUCCUGAACUGUUUGAUGCAGCUGUAGAGGCCAUUGUUAAUGCCAUCUCACAACCUGACUCUCAAAGAUAUGUAAACACUUUGCUGAAGCUGGUUCCACAAGUGCUGCAGCUUCAGGAGCAGCUACGAGAAGCCGUACAGAAUGGGGAUAUGGAAACAUCCCAUGGGAUUUGCCGAAUCGCUGUCUCCCUGGGAGAAAACCACUCCAGGGCACUGCUAGAGCAGGUGGAGCACUGGCAAAGUUUCCUGGCACUGGUCAACAUGAUCAUGUUCUGCACUGGUAUCCCGGGACACUACCCUGUCAAUGAGACCACCAGCUCGCUCACCCUCACCUUCUGGUACACUCUGCAAGAUGACAUCAUGUCAUUUGAGGCAGAGAAGCAGGUGGUGUAUCUGCAGGUAUACAGGCCCGUUUAUUUCCAGCUGGUGGAUGUGCUGCUCCACAAAGCUCAGUUCCCUUCUGACGAAGAGUACGCCUCCUGGUCCUCCGAUGAGAAAGAACAGUUCAGAAUCUAUAGGGUUGACAUAUCUGACACACUGAUGUACGUCUAUGAAAUGCUGGGUGCCGAGCUGCUUAGUAACCUGUAUGACAAGCUAGGCAGACUGCUUACCAAUGUAGAGCAGCCAACAUCCUGGCAGCAUACAGAGGCGCUGCUGUAUGGUUUCCAGUCCAUAGCAGAAACGAUAGAUGUGAACUACUCUGAUGUCAUUCCAGGCCUGAUUGGCCUCAUUCCCCGAAUCAGCAUCAACAACGUGCAGCUCGCAGACACAGUCAUGUUCACUAUAGGAGCACUGGCAGAGUGGUUAGCUGAUCACCCAGUAAUGCUGAGCAGUGUGCUGCCGCUGGUGUUGCAGGCUUUAGGGAAUCCAGACCUGUCUAUCUCCAGUGUUUCUACUCUGAAGAAGAUCUGCCGAGAGUGCAAAUAUGAUCUGCCACCCUAUGCUAACAACAUAGUUGCUGUCUCACAGGAAGUACUUAUUAAACAGAUCCACAAGACGAGUCAGUGUAUGUGGCUGAUGCAAGCCCUUGGUUUUCUGUUGUCCGCACUGCCAGUGGAGGAGAUUUUGCGUAACCUCCAUUCUCUCAUCACACCCUACAUCCAGCAGCUGGAAAAACUGUCCCAAGAGACGCCGAACCCCUCAAAUAAACUGGCUAUCAUCCACAUCCUGGGUCUGCUGUCCAACCUGUUUACUACACUGGACAUCACCAAGCAGCAGGAGGAGGAGUCUGGGGAGACGGCCCCACCUGUCAAAACCAGCGCACCCCAAACCGGCCCCAACCCAGUGGUGGUGGUAUUGCAGCAAGUCUUUGCACUCAUUCACACAGUCCUGAGUAAAUGGCUGAAUGAUUCACAGGUUGUAGAGGCUGUGUGUGCUAUCUUUGAGAAAUCAGUAAAGACCCUACUACAUGACUUUGCUCCAAUGGUGUCUCAGUUAAGUGAGAUGUUGGGCCAGAUGUACAGCACUAUACCACAAGCUUCUGCCCUGGACCUGACACGUCAGAUGGUGCACAUAUUUGCCAGCGAACCAGACCACUUCCCCCCAAUCAAAGCCCUGUUUGAACUGGUCACCUCAGUCACCCUGACCAUCUUCCAACAAGGGCCCAGGGAUCAUCCUGAUAUUGUUGAUUCAUUUAUGCAACUCCAAGCUCAGGCUCUCAAAAGGAAGCCAGAUUUGUUCUUAUCUGAAAAUCUUGAUGUGAAAGCAGUGUUCCAUUGUGGUGUUCUGUCACUGAAAUUCCCAGAGGCCCCCACGGUCAAAUCUACCUGCCUGUUCUUUACUGAGCUACUGCCGCACUGCGCAGACAUUCCUCCUGUGGGCCAGGUUGUGCAGGAAAAUGGCAAAAUUCUGCUGCUCGCUGUGUUGGAGGCCAUUGGUGGCCAGUCAUCACGCAGCUUGAUGGAUCAGUUUGCAGAGGUGUUGUUCUCCAUGAAUAAGCAUUGUUUUAGUCUGCUCACUGUGUGGCUUAAAGAGGCCCUGCAGUCUCCAGGCUUCCCUUCCUCUCGCGUCUCUGACGAACAGAAGGACACCUUCAGCCAGCAGAUCCUCAGGGAGCGUGUGAAUAAGCGCAGAGUAAAAGACAUCGUCAAAGAAUUCACUCUGGUAUGUCGAGGACUUCAUGGCACAGAAUACGCAGCAGAGUACUGAGUCUGAAGAUGAUCCAAGACUCCCAAAUCCCAGCAGCCCCCCCUUUCCCCCAUACUGGAAGCUCAACUCACAGCUGAAUUACAUCAGAGAGAAAGCAUGCACUGUUCAGAGCAUGCACUGUAAGGAUCCGAGGAGGGUGCUCCUUUUUCCCUACUCUUUGUCUGACCAGACUGUUUUGGACCCUCAGAGGAGUGGUCAGUACUGCUCUUAUCAAGAACCUAAAUUAUAAACCCUUUUUCUGACCUGUCCUUUGAUCCCGUUCCAUUCUUUCAGCAUGUGCGUUGUUAACUUUGAGCCGUUCGUACUCCUUGAUCUUCCGUGGCUCCUGGGCUGUUUUCUCUGUGAUUUGCGAAAUCUGUCAAAGGAAUUGUGGUAGUUAAAUAUUUUAUUUUUUAAUUUGAGAUCCUGAUAUGUAAAGUAUAUAGACUCUCACACAUAUGUAAAACAGUUCAAUAUCUAUUAGGUCAUUAGAGGAACGAGUAGAGGUAUGAGUCCUUAUGGCUGCUGCGGCUGACAGAGAGAGGGACCAAUGAUUUUCUCUGUGGCUUUAUAUAAAUUUAUAUAAUCUGUCGGUCUAACUAUUGUCCAUUUACGAACAAAAGCUUGUCAUGGACUUGUCAUGUAUUUGAUUUUUUUAAUUGUUUAUAUAAAUAUAAACUUCCUAAAGGAAAUUAGCUGUAUACAUUGGGCUGGUAAAAAUGAUCCUAGAAAUACUGUACCAUUUUAUUGUGUAAAUGUCAGAACUUGAUGAUCAAACAGUUACAGUCCUGUUUCAGUCAUUUGCCCUGCAUAUGUUCUCUAGGAAGAGCUGCUGGGAGCCCAGGAUGGCUGUGAAAUCUAUUUGCAGGGUCAGGGUAGUUUUGAUACCUUCCAAACGUCCCAUGAAGACAGGAGCAGGUAGAUUUGAAACUAAGAACACAACACUAUAAGGCCGAGCAAAAAUCUAUUGUAUGUGUAUUAGCGAGUGAGCAUGUGCCUUUGUACACAUGCGUGUGUGAGGGUUUUCAAAAUUGAAGCUUCUAUUUACUGUUGAGUGCACUUAUCAUAUAACUAAACACAAUCCUUAUUACAAGUCCCCUUGUUAAUUGCUGUUCCAGCCCCUAGAUAGGACACUUCAGUGACCACGUGUCUAUCUGUCCCUGUUUACAGCCUAGCUGCUGCCUGCAAACAUGUAGCAUGUGUGUUUUUGGGAUGGGGGUGGAGAAAUCAGACAUGCAGCUACUGGAUGUGCUGUGAGCAUUCAGCGGGUGAGGAUGCAAUCCUAUCCUGGAUUUGUCUACCAGUGUUGCAUAGAUUUAAUGGAAGGGGAUGAAAUGUACAUGAUUUCUUUUGUAUCCUGUUUUAAUUUAUUAAAUAUAUAUAUAUUCAA